CGGUGACCAUAUUUAAUAUUCCUCCCUCCUAUUUUCUCCACAACAUCAACAACCCUGUGAGGUGGAUUGAGCGGAAACAAAGUGACCGGCCCAAAGUCACCCAGGUAACAAGAUGUCAAAGAGAAAAGCAACAAAAAAUUUCAAAAAGAAAUUGGCAGGAUGUCAGGCCAAGCAGGCCUCUCAUGGUAAAUUGUUUUCAUCUGAGGAGCCUGAUAUCUCAAGAAUUUUGAAAAUUCCGGGAACCGGGCUAACAGAGGAAACUGAUGACUUAUUUGAUCAUCCUUUACAUAGUACUGCUCUGUCUGUGUAUGAAGAGGGAGAAGAGGCUGAUAAUGGGAACGAUCAGUAUUUAACAAUCAAUGAGUCUACCAGCAGUUCCUUUGAUCCAGAGCCCCCAAAGAAAAAUACAAAGAAAAGAAAAGCUAACACUCUGAAAACAAUAGUGAGAACUGAAGAUUCAGAAGAGGAACCUUCAGUAAAGAACAUGAUACCCAAGAAAAAGACUCAAUCCGAUGUAAAUAAGAAUGUUUUACCAGAAAAGGAGACAAACUGUCCAGUUUCAAAAAAAGUUCCAAAGCAGCCAACAAAAGUUACCAGAUGUGUUACCAAGGAAAAAGUUGUUUUGAAGGAGUUUGAAAAGAUAACAACAGAAUACAAAGAAGAAGUGGAACAAGAGAAAUAUAAAAAUGUUAUUGAUAAAUUUCAUGCCAGGCUCAAAGACCAAUUCACCGACAUUUCUGCAGAUGCUGAGAAACUGAAAAAUACAAAACUGAAUCAAACAAAGAUCAUCAGAAAGACAAAUAAGACAAGACAACGUUUAAUAGAAAUUAAAGGAGAACUAUUUAGAAAUGAACCAGAACUGAAGAAACUAAAGAAAGAACACAGCAAACUAAAAGAAAAAAUAUCCUGUCUCAAGAACGCAGUUCAGUUUAUCAAAGAUUUAAAGAGUCUUCAGCAAAUGAAGAAUGAAAAGGAAAACUUGCAAGAAAAAUUAAGAUAUAGCAUUUCCAGCCUUCCUGCACUUCUGAUGGAGUCACGAAGAAUUUUAGGAGCAGAAAGUCACUUACAAAAUAUCAACACAAAAUUACAGGAGAGUUUGGAAUUGCAAAAAACCAACUAAGUAUUCAUACUAUAAAUUAUAUAAAACAGACCAUUGAAUCAUAAAUACAGUAUUUUAAUAGAUUUACUUUGUGUGAGAGAGCAAGUGAUCUUUGACCUAUCAUGAAAGUAGACUUUCCAACAGAAAAAUAAUCUUGCUAUUAUUUAGUUGCAAUAAUGUUUCAUCUGGCAAGGCACAUGUAGCUGCAUGUUGAGUACAUAUAUGCUGCUUUCCAAGAAAGAAGAAAGAAGAUGGUUGUUGAGAAAUUAAAACUAAAAGUGCUUAAAACUAAAACUAAAAAUUAAACGUGCAGGCUUUUAAUUGUCUAAAUAUAUCACAUUACUAUUUAUGUACUUGGAUUACUAUUUACAUAUUUUGGCAAUUCAAUAAAAUCCUUUUCCUAAA